UGCAUCUUGUCCCCAUGGCAGGGCAUUCUGUGUUUCUGGUCAUGGUCACAGGACAGAUCGAGACAGGGAAAUUUGCGGAGUUUGAUGAUCUCUACUGCAAAUAUUCAUUCGUAUUUGGUCAAGACUGGGUGAUAACAACGGGUCUAGAAGAAGGAAUAACCCAGAUCACGAAGAAAAGCAGAGACGCCAGGCAGCUUUUCGUGUGGAACUUUCCUCUUGAUUUGACUUUCAAAAGCACCAAUCCGUUCGGAUGGCCACAGCUAGUUCUGAGCGUAUAUGGCCUCGAUUCUUUUGGUCGAGAAGUUGUUAGAGGUUAUGGAGCUGUACAUAUUCCUGUAUCACCAGGAAGCCAUAGCCGAGUGAUUUCCAUGUUUGUUCCCGAGUCGUCUUCUAAAUUACAGAAAUUCACAAGCUGGAUUAUGGGAAGACGGCCAGAAUUCAUAGAUCCUAAGUUUGUAGCUCAGGGGGAAAGUCGAGAAGUAACACGGGUAAGAUCGCAAGGUUCCAUUACUGUCAAAUUCAAUGUCGUCACUAAAGACAUGAAGAAACUAGGAUAUAAUGUUGGCGCCUCAGAACAAUCUCUUAUGGCUGCAGACUUGACAGUAGAAACAGGGGAUCCGUCAGCAACAUCAGGAAUUAGAUAGUUAAAUAUGUCUAGAGAUGUAUAGAAAGAAAUACGGAGUUGGCAGUUGCACACAAAUAGUGGAGAUUAACUUAGUAGGUAAGAAACUGCUCUGAAUUGCUGUUGUACAAUACCUAGUUCUACUGAGUAUAUUGUGACUGUCAA